AUGUCUCACACCAACAGCACGGCAUACUGGACAUUGGUCAUUCUGACUGAGCAACCAUUUCUCACUCAUGGAUAUUUCGAGUUCACUCUAUGUCCGGAAAUCCAAAGUGAAGCACGAAGGAUAUGUGUUGAAGCAUCAUUCAAGAUCCGAGCCCUCAUUGAAGCGUACAAAAAGGCAUUUACGCUUAGACGCGCGCAGUACGGGAUUUCAUACGCGAUGUACAGCGCAGUCCUUGUUCUGCUCCAGCACGCAGAUCAAGAGUGUGACGCCUAUAUUGAAGCUAUACGAUUUUUCUGGUUUGCAUUGCUAGAAUACCAAAGGGGAUGCGGCCAUGGAUUGAAAGGACCGUUGAGGUUACUCAAAUCACUCAUGCGUCGGGUUGAAAAGGUGGUACAGCGCAUCGAUAUCGAUCACCCAGGUGCUACUGAUUGGCCAUCGGGCAGUGAUAUCCCGUCUGAUAUGGAGACCAAUCCCUGGACGGAGACUUUCGGGCAGGGGGAUGCUUGGAGUGGAUCCUGGCUCAACACAGAAAAUGACGAUUUGUUCUUUUCCGACGACACUAUAUUCGGUUCCUUCACACAAGAAUGA